AUGCAUGAUACUGAGUACAGCUUCACUUCUAUCCAAUAUAAUAUUAUCAAGAAACACUUGAACUGGGGUGCCACAGAUAAUAGUAGAGAUGGUCGAAGGGUAUCCGUCGCAGAUACCCGUUAUCUGCUGGCGGAUACCCGCCAACGGGUGCAGAUUCGGGUGCGGAUGGCCCCUUUUCCGCAAAAAGUUGGCGGGUAUCCGGGUAUCCCAAAGGAUAUCUGCGGCCAGAAGGGGAGAUGGCUGGCUGGAAGGAGACCCUUCCAGCCGGCAAGGUACAAGUACCUCGUCGACUGGAAGGACACCCUUCCGGUCGACGAGGUACUUGUACCUUGUCGAAUGGAAGGACACCCUUCCGGUCAACGAGGUACUUGUACCUCGUUGACUGGAAGGACACCCUUCCGGUCGACGAGGUACUUGUACCUCGCUGGCUGGAAGGAAGCCCUUCCGGUUGACGAGGUACAAGUACCUCGCCAGCUGGAAGGAGACCCUUCCAGCCAUCAAGGUACAAGUACCUUGCCAGCUGGAAGGAGACCCUUCCAGCCGGUGUGGUAG